AGUCAUCCAAUUCAAACCCGCAAAAAUCAUGACCAAAUGGCAACAAAGAUCUGCCCUGGAUUUUCCUUGACAAUCAAACAAAAUCCAAAGCAAAUAAAAGAAAAAGAAAAAAAGAGAAAAGGACAGAAAGAAGGAGAAAGAGAUCAGUUGUUGUACCAACACACGUUACAGAGAAUCUAGUGAGAGAUGGGAGAUCACAACUUUUUUUUUGCUUUUUCUUUUCUUCUUUGCCUUUCUCUUUGCUGCAAAAUACAGUUGCCCUUCUCACCUAUACUUCAUAAAAACCUACGGAAACAACCCUUUUCUCUCACACACACUCUUUCUUUCAUUUUUCCACCAUAAGCGUUUCAAUUCUCCCUUAUUUUCUUCCUUCUUUCUUUUCUCUUCAUAGCUAGGCUGUAUAAAAAGGCCUGCAAUUAAGAACUUACUAAAAAUCAACAAGAAAAACUGGUUUAUUUUCUCCAUCGGAAGUUUCAUUAGGUCGACCGAUCGAGGAAUAAUAUAAUAUUGGUUUUGUAUUCUAGUUAUAAGUUUCUUUUGACAGUGAUGGAGUUGAUGAAUUCAGACAAUAUUAUUCAAGACAGACCCAAGCCGCAACAAGAAAUGCAGCAACAGCAGCAGGAACAACAUCAUCACUUUCAUGUGUUGGCAGUUGAUGACAGUGUUAUUGACAGGAAGUUAUUGGAGAAACUCCUCAAAGUAUCUUCAUACCAAGUGACCUGUGUCGACUCCGGGGAUAAAGCUUUGGAAUAUCUUGGUCUGCUUAAUAACUUGGACCCUCAUCAGUCAACAGCUUCUUCUUCUUCUUCCUCCUCUCCAUCUUCUUUUUCUUCUACCUCCUUUUCUUGUUCCCAGUCUUCGCAACAAGAGGGACUUAAAGUCAACUUAAUCAUGACAGACUUCUGUAUGCCCGGAAUAAGCGGCUACGAUUUACUCCAACGGGUCAAGGGAUCUUCUUGGAAAGAUGUACCAGUCGUGAUCAUGUCAUCAGAGAAUGAACCUUCAAGAAUUAGCAUGUGCCUAGAAGGAGGAGCAGAAGAAUUCCUGUUAAAGCCUCUUCAAUUGUCAGACCUAGACAAAAUUCAAGCUUACCUUCUGAAAUCCCUUCGUCAGAAUUCUUGUACCAACAUCCACAAAGACUUGAUUGUUGACGAUGAUGACAACACUAGUAACAAAAACAGCGACGACAACAGUAACGAAAAUGGUAAUAGUAAUAAUAACAACAAUAAUUUUAGCAAGAGAAAGGCUAUAUCUUCUGAAGCUACAGAGAUAAGAAGACCAAAAAUGAAAGGAGUAGCUGUAGGAGUAUGAAAAUAUGUUUACGGCAUUUUGUUAUACUUGGGGUGUUUAUUUACUUGGUUAAUGCUAAUAUCCAAGCCUUUAAUUCUGGCUUAUUGUUAUAUUUCUACUUAUAGACUUAAAAAUGUAAUUAAUUUAGCAUGAUAACAUGAAAAUCAUAUAAAUUCCGCAAUCCAACAGGAAAUGGGGAAUGGAUGAUUCCUAAACUCUAUUCAAACUUCUUUUUUUAUUGUUUAUUUUUGGAAAAAAAGAAAAAAAUUUCAAACUGAACCAAAUGUUUCAAGUGCAAAGUUAUUAAUUAGGAUAUUGAUAUCCAACUUAAGACGCUUAACCUAUUCCGAACUCAAGCAAAAUCCGAAGUAUGAUAAUCAUAAAAAUGGGCAUCUAAAAACCCGUAAGUCAAGCCCGAGGGUAUGUGCUCUUAAAAUCCAACAGAUUCGGGUGAAACAUAUUUUGAGGUUGGGUUGUGUUUAGUUUGAUAUGAAUAAAAACCGCACGGACGGGUGGACUUGGCCUUAAAUCUAGCCCAAAACUCCAAUUCAAGAAACAUGGCCCUACCGGCCUAUCCCAAACUUAGCCAUUUUCAUGUUGUUGAAUUUGUAAUCCAUAUAAUCAUAGCAUUAGGCUCUUAAAAAGAAUCAGCAGCGUGCGAAUCCAGGAGGUUGUGCAUCAACAAGUUCAGGGUUUCAACUUUCUAUUGAACUCUGACGAGGUAAAUACGUUGAGAAUCUUUAGUAGUAAGAAUGCGUGAAACAGACAAACAUGUUCAUCCUUCAAUG